AAUUGUUUGAGGAGAAGAGAUGCUGGUUUGUUGAAUCAGUUGCAAGAACUGGACAAGCAGAUCAGUGACCUGAGACUGGAUGUAGAAAAGACGUCUGAAGAGCGCCUGGAGACUGACAGCCGGCCCAGCUCGGGGUUUUAUGAACUGAGUGAUGGAGCUUCAGGAUCCCUGUCCAAUUCCUCUAACUCGGUGUUCAGUGAGUGCUUAUCCAGUUGUCAUUCCAGCACCUGCUUUUGCAGCCCCCUGGAGGCAGCUUUGACUGUCUCAGAUGGUUGCCCCAAAGCUGCAGAUGUGAACCCCAAGUACCAGUGUGAUCUGGUUUCUAAAAAUGGGAGUGAUGUCUAUCGCUAUCCCAGCCCCCUGCAUGCGGUGGCUGUGCAGAGCCCCAUGUUCCUCCUUUGUCUGGCGGGCACUCCUCUCAAGGAGGAGGAGCGGCUAGAGAACCAGGCCAGUGACCUUUGCGUUGGAUCCGAACUAGACGCCACCAAAACAGAUGAUUCCUUACCAUCACCGAACAGUCUGUGGCCUGCUUCCCAUCCUUCAUCCAGUAAGAAAAUGGAUGGCUACAUUCUGAGCCUGGUCCAGAAAAAAACGCAUCCUGUAAGGACCAACAAACCCAGAACCAGUGUGAAUGUGGACCCCACGAAAGGACUUCUGAGGAAUGGGAGCGUGUGUGUCAGGGCCGCUGGUGGCAGUGGCUCCCAGGUCAGCAGCAUAAACCUGAAGAAUUCGAAGCUGGUGUGUUUGCCCUCUGGCGGAAUGCCCUCUCUGGACAGCGUGACCUUCUCCCCCCUGAAGCAGCGGUCAAAGGAAUCCAAGGCAGAACUGGAAGGCAAGAGGCUGCUAGUCUCUGAGGGCUGCUUAGCAGGCGCUGCCUUGGAGCUCCCAAGCAAGCAUCUCCCCAAAAAUGCCAAGGCAGCCUCCCAGGAACAGGCUUGGUGUUCUGCCGCCACGGGGGCAGGAGAGUCCCUUAAAGAAAGUGGUCAGACCUCAGCUGCCUCUCAGAAGGAGAGCCCAGGCCGGGGCCCCGGGCUCCCACAGGAGCACAAAGGAGUGCAGCCCCUGAAAAAGACGGCUCAGAAAAGCACCCUGCAGCCUGCCCUGCCUCCCGCGCCUCCCCUGCUGUCUGCAGCCUUCGCCGCCGUGGAGGAGAGACCGGCCUUGGACUUCAAAAGCGAGGGCUCUUCGCAAAGCCUCGAGGAGGGGCACCUGGUCAAAGCGCAGUUCAUCCCGGGGCAGCAGCCGGGAGCCAGGCUCCACCGAGGCCAGCGGAACGCAGGCGGCGCGAGGAGCUCCACUCUGCGGCCCCGCGGCCAGGCCCUGCAGGGGCUGGAGACUGGCCUGCCCACGGUCAGGGAGAAAACCCGGGCGGCUGGCAAGAAGUGCCGCUUCCCCGACGACCUGGAUACAAAUAAGAAACUCAAGAGAGCCUCUUGCAGGGGCCGCAAGGGCGGAGGCGGGGCCCCCGAGGGUCUUCACAGCAGGCCCUUGAGCAGCGGUGGCCAUCGGGCCGGAAGCAAGGCGCACGGCCACGGACGCGAGGCGGUGGUGGCCAAACCUAAGCACAAACGAACCGACUACCGGCGGUGGAAGUCCUCGGCGGAGAUCUCCUACGAAGAGGCCCUGCGGAGGACCCGGCGGGGUCGCCGCGAGCACGGGGGUGUGUACCCCGUGCCCGUGCCUCUGCCCUACGCCAGUCCCUACGCCUACGCCGCCAGCGACUCGGAGUACUCCGCCGAGUGCGAGUCCCUCUUCCACUCCACCGUGGUGGACACCAGCGAGGAUGAGCAGAGCAACUACACCACCAACUGCUUCGGCGACAGCGAGUCCAGCGUGAGCGAGGGCGAGUUCGUGGGCGAGAGCACCACCACCAGCGACUCGGAAGAGAGCGGGGGCCUGAUUUGGUCCCAGUUUGUCCAGACUCUCCCAAUUCAGACGGUCGCGACGCCGAACCCCACAAAAACCUUUGUCAAAAUUAAGGCUUCGCACACCCUGAAAAAGAAAAUCCUCCGCUUUCGGUCUGGCUCUUUAAAGCUGAUGACGACAGUUUGAGUACCAUUGGUGUGUGGUGUCUUUCUCCGUAGUUUAUGAAAAAAAAGGGAAAAAGAGUGGUGUCUUAGUUUUUGUGUAACACUUUCAUGAAAUGCUUUUAUUAAGAUAAAACCAAGGUAAAUUAUGUCUCCUCUCUAUGUAUAGACACUAGUGCCUUUAAUGGAAGGUAAAGGAUGUAUUGCUAGUUAGAAGUAAAUACUGAGAUUGUAAUGGUGAUAGUAAAUGAAUUUUGUGCUCUCCGCUGAUUUUUAUUUUAAAUUUUCAGCAUAUCUGGUAAGGUACAGGUUUCGACCUUUAAAUACGACUGGGGUGAGACAUUUUGCUCCCAAGGUCAGGUGAGUGGAAUUUUUAGGACAUUUGUCCCUUGAUUCUUCAGGGUAGUGCCUCUGCAAGGGCUUCCUGUGGAACAGCAUUGCAUAUAGUUGUGGGAAGUAGGCCCGAGAGGUAGUCGUUUUCUGUGUCUUUUUAUACUGUAGUCUGCGUUUCUCAUAUCUUCCUCAGAACUGUUCCGUUUACUGCACUCAGAACUUCUGGACCAGAUCCUAAAUCCAGAGAUGGCAAUCUGGAUAAGGGCACUGGUAUUACCUUCAAAGGAGUCACAAAACUUUUGCCACACUUGGUGCCUGGGCCCUGGUUACAGUAGCCUUUUCUUGGGCCAUAUAUCCAGCAUUUUGAUGCCUUUGUAUCCUUGUCUGAUUUGUAGCAAAUACAGUAAUUGGAGGACUUGCCUUUGGGAUAACAUGUUGGUACUUUAGUACAGAGACAUUCACUCUACAUGAAGUAACUUUCGGGCAUGAUUCCAAGUCCAGAAUUGCUCGCUGAGCACUGUGCAGCCUAAGCAUUGGCCUGAGCAGUAGUGCAAUCCAGUCCAGAUUGGACCGCUGACCUUAUCUGGAAGGGCUUUAAAAAGUUUUUUUGGUGAACAGUAUUGUGUAAAAUUGCUCUCUUUAUAUCAAUAUAUGCAUGUUUUGUGCAUGAGUAGUAUUUGUUUUGAUAUUCCUGUUGUUAAAUUACUGUAUGAUAUAAGUGGUAUGUGUUUUUAUAUAUAUCAUUGUGUAAAUUUAAUAUAACAUUAUAUACUGUAAUAAACAAUUUGUUUUACUGC